CCAGCUCGGGUCAGUCACGUGGUGUGUGGCGUAAUCUAAACGCUGUACAGUCCCGUAGUGGGUGCGUUGCUGAAGCUGAUUUGUGUGACUGAGGCGGAAGUGCUGAAAUGAAGCCGGCAGUGGACGAGAUGUUCCCGGAGGGAGCUGGUCCUUAUGUGGAUUUAGAUGAGGCCGGUGGAAGUACUGGACUUUUAAUGGAUUUGGCAGCAAAUGAAAAGGCGGUGCAUGCAGAUUUCUUUAAUGACUUUGAAGAUCUGUUUGAUGAUGAGGAUAUCCAGUAAUAUCUCCGCUUCAGUGCAAGAAAACUCUGUUUAAUGUGAAAUGCCUCUUACUGCUUAUGUCCCGUCAAUGGGGAAAUGUUAGAUGAUUUUGUAUUUAUAGUUGCCUUGUAAAUAAAAUAUCCUUACUACAAGUUA